AUGGAUCUAGAGGCAGAGCCGCUCGGGGAUGCAUCCUAUAAAGAUGCCAGGGAGGCACUGUCAUUGGGCGCAGAGUCGCUAGGGGAUGCAGCCCCUGAAGAUGCUAGAGAGGCAGAGUCAUUCGGCGCAGAGCCGCUAGGGGAUGCAGCCCCUGCAGAUGCAGACCCUGAAGAUGCUAGAGAGGCAGAGUCAUUCGGCGCAGAGCCGCUAGGGGAUGCAGCCCCUGCAGAUGUAGACCCUAAAGAUGUUAGAGGCAGGUCUUCAUCUUCAUCGUCUAAGAAGAGAGGUCCUACCCGAGGUUCAGAAUUACAUGAGAGGACUUCAGUGAAAAGGGUCAUUGGGAUUAAUGAAUUUGGGCAACCGAAUGCAGGGGAUGCAAAUCAGAUCGCAUUCAAUUCAAGCAUUGGUGUUCUCACCCGUGCACACAUUCCGAUCACCUACACAGACUUUCGGUUGGUGCCUCCACAAUACAUUCAGAGGGUCAGUGAUAUCCUGGCAUGUAGUUAUGAAUUUCAGGAUAACCAAGAAGCGUGGUCACCAUACAUUCGUGAUCGCUGUAAGGCUGCUUGGAGAAAUUUCAAGAACACUUUGCAUGCAAAGUAUAUUAAGGACAAGGAUCCUGCAGUUGUGAAAUCGUAUCCUACCCCUAUUGGUGUCCCUAUUGAGGAUUGGAUGAUCUUCGUGGAUUAUUGCAAUACUGAUAAAUUCAAGGAAUCAAGUGUAAGAAAUGCAUCCAAUCGGGCCAAACAAGUUGGCCCUUCUACACUUGGUCGGCGUAGCAUGGCUGCCACACGUCAUGAGAUGGCAAUUGAGAGGAAUCUUACUACUGAUGCCGAGGUUGGUAGGGUUGAGGUGUACAUCCGAGCCCAUACAACAAAGGAUAACAAAGUGCAGUUUCCAGAAACCUUUGAAAAAAUAAAAUCGAUUCAAAGUAGUAAUCCCGCAUCUCGGAUGACCAGUGUAGAUGAUGCCCUUACACAGGAUCAUCUGGUGAAGUUGCACUGGCUGGUUCUCACCCCAAAGGUUGGUGUAGGUGUCACUUCAGGGGGAGUUAACCAGAUAAGUUUAUAUUUUUCUUUUUGGUUGCAUUUGAGUGUCUAAUUACCUGCUUGCCUUUUUUCUUUUCUUCUUUCUUUCUUUCUUUUAAUUGUA